GUGUUUUUCCAUUAUUUUCUAGUGAUAUGUUAAGGCAAUGUUACAUUUUUAGUCAAGCUUUUUUGGGUUUUUUUUUUUCCCCUAGAUUGUUAAUCUUUUGUGUGUGGCAGGAAGAAUGACACUUGAGCGAAAGAUUUGAUCUUCGAAAGGGUUUUGGUUCAGGGUUUUGUGAUUUUGGGAAAAGAUGGCAGCUUUGAGCAGUUUAGGGAUUGGGCUCAGCCUUUUAUCUGGUUGCCUGAUACUGGCUUUAAUUGCUGAGCUCUUCUACUUGUUCUGGUGGAAGAAGAGGGCUGCGAAUAGGGAGAGAGAAGAAAACUACAGAAGCCCAGCAAGAGAGCUUCUUUGCUUUUUAUGCUGGAGAAAAGCAUCUUCUUUGAGUUCAGCUGCUCUCAAACCUCAAGAAAUAUGCAGUUCUGCGAACUUCACUAGUGGAUCUGAUGAUGUUCAUCUCCAUUCCAGCUCCUGCAAGAAUUUCCUGAGACCUUUUGGGGCAGAAGGAGAAAGUCUGGAUGUUGAGCUGAUGAGGCUGCAUAGCCUCUCUGGUCCUCCAAGGUUUCUUUUCACCAUUAAGGAGGAGACGAAGGAAGACUUGGAAUCUGAGAAUGGAAGGAGCAGGAAGGGUUCAAGAGGAGGGAGUUUGAGUGAUUUGCUUUUCCCUUCUGUGACUCCAUUUCUAACCCCUCUUUCAUCUUCGCCUUUCUUCACUCCACCCUUAACCCCUUCGGAUUGUUACAGUCACCAUGGACUCAAUCCCCUCUUCAAGCCCCCAAAAAAUGAUGAUUUGAGCAUAAGAAUCAGGUCCUCACCUCCUCCAAAGUUCAAGUUCUUGAAAGAUGCUGAAGAGAAGCUUUAUAGGAAGACGCUCAUGGAGGAAGCUCUUAAGGCUCAUAGAAGUUAUCUUGUUCAGAAUGUUGCAAAGAUGGAGAAUUUUUCUGUUCCUGCUCAUUCUCCUGUUGCUGCUGCUGGGAUUAAUUCUUUCCCUUCUCCUUCAGAUGAGAAUGAUGGGUCUGUUAUCACCAUUGUGUUUGGUAAGAACUUAGAUAAAGAGCACCAACAUCUUCGCAAUUCAAGUUCCUCAUAGGUGAAUCCAUUGUCUUCCCCUCCUAUCAUUUAGAUCCAUUAAGUGACAGCAAAAUGGCAUGUUUUAUGUAGCAUGCUGGUCACUCUUGUUUUAUGUAGCAUUACAUUUGUGUUAUGCUGUGGUUUCGUUUGGGAGUGGUUUCUUCCUGUUUUUUCAAGUAGCUUUUUAGCACAAUUUUUUUUUUUAAACCUACUUUGAAAAAUAAUAAGAAAGCGCUCCUAAGCAAAACCUAUAUAGUGUUCA